AUGAUCGCGACGAAUGCUGGUGUGGUCCUUGCCAACGCCCAAGAGCGAGAAUUUGGGGACUUUGAUAUUAGCAAGGCUUGGAAAGCUGUCAAGAAGAAUGCAUACACCCCAUCUGAUCACGAUACUGAUACCCUGUACUAUGAUCGCGAGCCCGGCAUUUCAUAUGAAGCCCGCCCUGGUCUCACAUCAUACAUGAAGCAAGGCUGGGUGUACAAUGACGACUGGCCUGAGGCUGGUAGCCGCACAUUGGACUACGCAUUCAAUGAUUACGCCUGUUCGGUUGUUGCUGCCCAUUCGGGAGAGGACGACGCCACCGUGCAAGCCCUCAAGAACAGAAGCGGGAACUUCGCGUAUCUUUGGAAUAACAAGACUCAAUUUAUGCAAGCGCGCAACGCGAACGGGACUUGGGCUAAUAACAGCUUUGGAUGGACCGAAGGUGAUGACUAUGUCUACACGUUUGACGUGAUGCAUGACAUGAAAGGGCUAGCUAGGCUUUUCAAUGGCCGUCAAGCCUUCUGCGAUAAAUUGGAUGCGCAUUUCCAGGGUGGUCACAACGACCAUACCAACGAGCCAAGUCAUCAUUCUGCUCUUGGUUAUCCCAACCAAGCAGCUGAGACAAUAAGGGACAUUGCUUGGGCCAACUACAAUACGACCAGUGGGGGAUUGGGACAGAUGAGUGCUUGGUAUGUCUUCUCCGCAUUGGGAUUCUAUCCCGUCAACCCUGCUAGUGAUGAGUAUAUUGUCGGCACACCGUUCUUCGAGGAAGUGUCUAUCCAAUUUCCCAGUGGAGCAAGCACUGGUGGACGAGCCGCCAAUGACAGAGAGAGGAGGCUUGAAAUUAGGGCUCCGGGGGCACCCACGAAGCCGUAUAUUAGGAGCCUGAAGGUUGAUGGAAAGCGUAUCAACCCUCCAAAUUUGAAGCACAGCCAGCUUGUGAAUGUGGCAAGGAUCGGAUUUGAGAUGAGAUCUACGCCCACUUCCUGGGGAAGUCGCCCCUUAUGGGAAACUUGA